AUGUGUCUUGAAUUAGAUUGUAUUUCCCUAAAUGAUUGUCCUGCUGGCCCUCCUGGAUUUCCAGGCGUGGUAGGUCCUCCAGGGGAACGGGGAAUUGGUGGUGUACCAGGAAUUCCCGGACAUGAUGCAAUGGAUGUAAAUAGUGCAAUCUCCAAAGGCUGCUUUAACUGCCCUGUUGGACCUCAAGGAACUCCUGGAAAAGAAGGCAAUCCAGGCAUACGAGGACCACGGGGACCUAAUGGAAUUCCAGGGGAAAUAGGGAAGCCUGGAAAAGCUGGAGACGUUGGUAAGGAUGCGGAAAAAUUAAUAGGACGUAAAGGAGUGCGUGGAACAGCUGGACCUGAAGGACCUCCAGGCCAAAUAGGCGAAAAAGGAUUAGAUGGAGUGCAAGGCAAACAAGGGGCGAAAGGUCCACCAGGAACUCCUGGAUCGCAAGGUCCGCCAGGCCCUGAUGGUGAAGAAGGAGGCCGAGGCGUAGUAGGCAAGCAUGGCCAAGACGCGGAGUAUUGUCCUUGUCCAACUCGUGAUGGUUCAUUUGGAAAAAGAAGUAUAAGAGGUUAAUCUUUGAUUUAGUUUGGCAUGGAAGAAAUUUAAUGUUGAUUUGUAAUUUAAAGUCAAGAUUUUUUGAAAUAUGUAUGUAGUACAUGUGCGUAAUAUCAUUUAUUUUUAAGUUUACGAAUAAAAGCUUUAUUAAAUUUUUUGCUUCCGCCUCUGCUUUCCAACUACCGUUUUUUAUUUUUUUCGCUUUCUUCCGUUUAAAACAGUUUUCCGUCAGUAUUUUUUUGUGUGGUCACAACAGAUCGGGCCAAUUAUGAAAAGGUCUUCGCUACACGAUGCCCGUGCUCCGCUGAGGUCUUGCUCGUUUCGCUCGCG